AUGAAAUACGAAAAAGAAUCAGUUGCUGGUGAAUUUAUCAAAAUGUUGAAAAAAUUAAAUGAAAUUAAUCAACCAGCAUUUACACCUAGUUCAUUCAAGGAUGCUUUCAAAAAACAUGUUGGAAUUCAAAAAAAUUUUAAUGUUGAUGAUCAACAAGAUUCACAAGAAUUUUUGACAGUAUUAUUCAAUGAACUUCAUAAUGAUUUAAAAAUGGAAAAUGAUGGAAUUUUAUCAGAAGAGCGUUCGAUUAUCAAAGAUACUUUUGAAAUGACAGUGAGACAAAAAAUUCUAUGUCGAUCUUGUCUCAAUGAGAAUGAUUCUAGAAAAACAGAAUAUAUUUUAUUGGCUCCUCUACCAGCUGAAGACGAUAUUUCACUUGCUAAUUGUCUUAAGAAAUAUUUCGAGGAACAACCAUUGGAUAAUACAAAUUGUGCAGUUGAUGGUUGUGGUAGUCAAAGUCGUACAAUAAUAUUGGAACCACUUGAACUUCCACCAAGGAUUAAAGAUGAAUAA